AUGUCGUCUAUUAUUGGCGACGCCGCCUCGUCAAUAGAUGGUUCAUUCGAUUGGUUCAUCUUCAGAAAUGUUGGACCCUCGAGCCAGUCGGAUUCUAUCAGGCCCUUAGCCGUUGUGCCACAAGUUGCUAAGUCUGCCGGGUUUGUAGAAGUGUCAACAGAUCAAAGAGUAUAUUUACCCCUAAAGGAUUUGCAGGAAACCCACCCAUUUUCACACCUUCAUCUCCUAUUCCCAGCCCAGCAGCUUACCAAGAAUGUAUCGAAGGGAUAGCAAAAACAAAUGAACGUGUUGUUGCAAGCUUAGCGAUACAGAAUCUCCCAAAAUGUCAUCCAGAAGUAUUUGAAGGGGAUGCAACUCUAUUCCAUCCAUGGAAAAAAUCAUUCAAUGCUAUGAUUCAUGAUGCAAACUUAAAUCCUAACCAAGAAAUGGCUUAUCUCAGAAACUACACCAAAGGCAAAGUUCGAGAACUAGUGGACAACUACAGGAAAAGACAACAAAGUGAUCCCGUAAUCACUCUUCGUGACCUCUGGACUGAAAUGGGAAGCUAA